AUGUGCGUCUCCCUCUGCCUCGGCGGCAACAACACGACCUGGAUGAAUACCUCGGUGCUCGUCACCUGCAUCCGCAACUUCCGCCGCAACCGCGGGCCGGUCUCCGGGAUCUUGAAAGGAUUCGUCGGGUUGUCGACCGCAAUCUUCACAGAUCUCUGCUCCGCCUUCUUCUCCGACGAUCCGGCGACUUUCCUCCUCAUGCUGGCCUUAGUCCCCUUCUUCGUCUGCCUCGCCGCCGUCUUCUUCCUCCGCGAAAUCCCGCCGGCCACUACUUUGGCGGAGGAGAAGGAAGAGGGGAAAUACUCCUCCGCAUUCAAUGUCGUCGCUGUGGUAGUCGCGUUCCUCCUACUGGCCUACGAUUUCACCCCCAAUCCGACCAGAGGACUCUCCCUAGGGUUCGGAAUCACUCUCCUCGUCCUCCUCGCGUCGCCGCUAGCCGUACCGGUCCACAAAUUGGUCAACGGAUUGAGAAUCGCCGCGGCCGAAGCCGACAUUGAGCGGGUGCAGGGCGCGAUUGACGAACCGCUUUUGCGGGAUUCGACGGCGGAGGAGAAGGCGGUUGAGGCGGCGGAGGAGGAUGGAGAGGAGGUGACGAGGAAGCCGGUGAUCGGAGAGGAGCACACGAUUGGGGAAGAAGAGGGGUGA